AUGGCAUCUACAGGUUACGGGUAUCUAGGACUCCCCCAGAUAUCAGAAGUCACACUCAGCCACGCCGGCUUAAAAUACACCUACUCCCCCGGCAACGGCUUCCGCCGCUUCGGCCACACCUUCGACAGCGAGGCCGUGACCCACUACCAGCGAUACCACUCUGUCCUGGUCUACAAGAACGCAACGAGGCGGCCUCGCAACUGGUGGCGCGCUCAGUGCGCCUUCCGCGGCGUGGCAGAAGAUGGUGAUGACGAGACGCUUUGGAAGUUGAAGGGGGCGGCGCCGAAUGUCAUGGCUCCAGAACUCGUGCGGCUGCAGGCGGAGGCGAAAGUGAUGUGGGAUGCUGAGCGAGAGGCGGAGGCUAGACGGCGGAAGGAAUGGGAGCAAAAGGAGAAGGAUAGAAAGGUCAAGGAGAAGGAUAGAAAGGUCGCGGAGAAGGUAGCGGUUUUGAAGGCGGAUCUUGAUAGCAUAGGGGCUUCCCCGGAAGCGGUGGUUUAUAAGAAGGGCUGGGGUGGCAAGGAUGGCGGUAUGUUGGAAGCUGCGGAGUCAAUGGGACUGUUUCACAAGGUCAUCGAGUGGAUCAACUGGGAGGGGGACCGAGAAUGGAUUAUCGUGGGGACGGGUGUCAUUGCCAUGGAGGACAAGUUGGAGGCUCUCGAGAAGGAAAAGCAAGAUCGCCGCGAUGCCGAAGAGAAGGCCAGGGACGAAGAAGAGCAGGCUGAAGAGAUGGAGAGGAAAGAAGAGCACGAGAGAGACAUGAAGAGACAUGCUGCCACCGCCAAAGCGUCUGCAAAGAAUGGCAAAUGGGAUGUUACUAGCACCUGGCGAAUCUUCCAAGAUGAAAACCAGGACAAGAGGGGUGGGAGCUCUCUCUUCCGACUGUCUCGCAUCCCUGAGACUAUGUCCCUCAUCAUAUACCGCGCCGCCGACAAGGGAAGCACUCAGCUAUAUGGGGAAUUCGAUUUCGGCGACAUAGCAGGAUGGAUGCGAUUCGAAGCCCAGGACAAAGCUACGUAUAUAGCACAGACCGGUCAGAAGCGGAAGCAUCUAGGUGAAGACGAUGAUGGCCGACUUGCAUACGGUGCUCGCGGCAACUACAACAAGCCUAGUCAAGGCGACUUCAGCCUCUCGGCCACAGACCUCCCAUCGCCCAAGAACCCUUCGAUGCGGUAUCGCUGGCGUGGACGGGAAGUCGGAGAAGAGGGCGUGAUCCAAUCCACUGCCGAUCAGCAACAAUUCUGGGUAUCGUUCAGCGGACAAGGCGGUGCUAAGAUAUCGGGCACUUUUGCGUCUAGUUACUUCACCGGCAGUUUCAAUGGCUUCAAAGUCGCCAUGGGGGGACUCUCAUCUCCCGGCGACAUCGAGACCCAUUGGCGCGAUCUGGAUGAAGCGGCGUAUGAACGAGAGUGGACUGGCAGAUGGGGCUAGACAGUCGGAUGAUAUUUCUUCAAGAGUAUGGAGCGAAGUACAGAGACAGUCCUCUGAUGUUUUUCAAGUUGAAGGGUAGCGGCGGUGAGACUGAUGACAGCUAUUGGACUGAGUUAACGAGAAUUGGUAGGGUUUGAGAGAAUGAAGGUGUACCCAUCAGGGCGUGGAGAAAAUGUGACAGGCCCUUGCUGGGCACAGGAUAUCGUGGAUGAUGAUGCGUUGCUCGGGUGGAUAUGUUGAAGAUGGCGAAUGACAAGUAAACAAG